GAAGGUGGAUGGCGCGGCCGCGGCUGCAGCAGCGUCUCUCCGGGAGCCGCGACCCUGAGCCCGCGGCCGCGGUCGACAGCCCGGCUGGAGGGGCUCCGCGGGAAAAUGCCAAGGAGAAGCCGCUCGCAAAAGAAGAGUUGAAAGUGGACUCCAUUCAAGCAGAGCCCGCUGGGCCCUCAUCACCUGGGCAGACAGAACAAAGAGGCAGAGGCCAAAGGACCAGCAGACACCCUGCCCCCCAUCGCCCAGCUGGGGACCAGACACAAGCGCUUCCUGCAGAGCCCCCUCCUCCAAGGGCAGGCUUCCUCGUGGCUGUACCCCUCUCAGGGCCAGGAAGGAGGGGAGGAGGGGGUGGUGACAAGACAUGCCCGGCUGGCCUGCCUGUGUUCUCGGUGGCUCCAGGGUCCCCCGACGGCAGCCGGCUGACUUAUCACCUUCCUGCACCAUCGGCCUUCUCAGACCCGUGUCCCAGGGAGGCGCUGCCUGACGGACAAGAUCGAAACACGAAGGAAGGACACAGGCCCGCCCGGGGAACUCGUGGUCCUGCAGGAGACUGGAGAGUUUCCCACAGAAAGAGUUCCGACUUGUCAACGUCUCCACUGCGGCUGCCGAUUGCAAGUGACCUCCACUUCCUGAGCAUGGGGCUGGGGGUGCAGGGGAGCAGGUGCUGAGCAAUUCUGGGACCGCAGAGCCCCAGGAAGUGGCCUUGAUGGGAGGGUGACAAGACCGCAGCCCUGGAGCAGCUAGCAACCAGCAAAGCCCAGCCCCUCCCUGGAAACGCCCCAUGCGAGGUCUGCCACCUUGCAGGGGAACCACCUGUCACCCAGAUGUGCCCUCCUGACACCCCCCCCCCAGGGACCUGCCUCCCCUGACACGCAGGGGCUGGGGGCUGGGACGCCCCUCGGGCCCCAGGAGCCUCUGUGUGAUCCAGCUGUGCGGCUCUCAGAAGAGGAAGCUUCCAGCCUGGACCACCCUCCCGGGAGUCCAGUGCUGAGCCCUGUUUCUGGAUGGAGACCAACCGCUCCCCUGGGCCCCAGCCGGUGAGCUGGGCCACGCUCCGCAAAGGAGGGGUCAGUGGGGCGUCCACUCUGCCCACUGUGCUGGGGACUGUGGCCCAGACUGGCCCUCUGGAGGCAGAGACCACAGGCUUCACAUCCCUGUGUGGCCGGCACUGUGCCCUGCACCACACAGACACACAGACACACAGACACAGACACACAGAGACACAGGCACAGACACACAGAGACACAGGCACAGACACACAGAGACACAGACACACAGACACACAGAGACACAGACACAGACACACAGAGACACAGGCACACAGAGACACAGACACAGACACACAGAGACACAGACACAGACACACAGAGACACAGGCACAGACACACAGAGACACAGACACAGACACACAGAGACACACACACACACACACAGAGACACAGGCACAGACACACAGAGACACAGACACAGACACACAGAGACACAGACAGACACACAGAGACACAGACACAGACACACAGAGACACAGACACAGACACACAGAGACACACACACACACACACACAGAGACACAGACACACAGAGACACAGACACACACACACAGACACACAGACACACACACACAGACACACAUUCCCGCCACCCUGCAGAGAUGCUCACAGCCCCCAGCUGCCCUUUCAAAGUUGCCACUAGGUGGUGCAUUAAACUUUCAGGUUCUGUUUUUUAAACUUUUGUGCAUCUAGACCAUCACAGUUCAGUAAAAAUAUAAUAGAGCCAUAUAUGUAAUUUUCCAGGAAACAGGUAAAAUUAAUUUUAAUAAUAUCUUUUAAUUUAACCCUAAAUAGCCCCCAAAUUAUCAUUUCAACAUAUAAUCAACAUAAGGAAUUAUUAAUGAGAUAUUUUACUUUCCCUUUUUUCUGGUGAGUCUUCAAAAUCCCGUGUAUGUUUUAUGUUUACAGUACAUCUAAAUUCAGAACCUAAAUAUCAGAAAUCGUUGCUUAUACUUAAAUUUCAUAAAAUUUAUGGUCAGAAAAGGACACUCAUUUACUUAAGUUGUUUCAAACAUAAAAGUUUUCAGAAACUGCAUGGGUAUCAGUUUAAAUUUUUAAAUUUAACUUAAAAUCAGAAUAAAGUGCUCCGUGGCUGC